AUGCUGGCAGAUCCCUUCUGGGAGGCCUCAGAAGGCACCUCUCAAGGCCUCCGGGACAGCUUUGUGAAGAAGGAGAGGGAACUACAGGGUGGCUGUCAGGACCUGCCCCAUGUCCUCUACACCCAACUCUUGCACUUGCCCAGCCUGCAGUGCAGUGAGCUAAGACCAGCAUCUGUGCGAACCUUUACUGUGAAAAUGUCACAGCCCGACCUGGUGGCCCCCUUGCUGCUCACCCUGGUUCCCAGCAUCUCCUCAGCCCUGUUCCCACUUCUGCAACCCUCAGUCCCAGGUCUCUGCUGUGUUCGGGCAGGGACCCCCGUGGCGGGUCCCGCAGGCCGCGAUCUCUUCGCCGAGGGGCUCCUCGAGUUCCUGCGACCGGCUGUGCAGCAGCUGGACUCUCACGUCCACGCUGUCAGAGAGAGCCAGGUAGAGCUCCGGGAGCAAAUUGACAACUUGGCUACUGAGCUGUGCCGAAUCAACGAGGAUCAGAAAGUGGCCCUGGAUCUCGACCCCUAUGUCAAGAAGCUGCUUAAUGCCCGGCGACGAGUUGUCUUGGUCAACAACAUUCUGCAGAAUGCGCAGGAACGGCUGAGGCGACUAAACCACAGUGUUGCCAAGGAAACAGCCCGCAGGAGGGCAAUGCUGGAUUCAGGAGUUUACCCUUCUGGUUCCCCGAGCAAGUAAACAGGCCAGAAGAUGGGGCUCAUGCCUGGCCCCGUAAUAGCACAAGUACUCUUCCCCAGCUGCCUUGCUUCGUCCAGGAACUCCCUGUAGACCUUGGGACAUCCAACAGGCAGCCCAGUUGUUUCUGUCUGAAGCACUUAAGUCUUACCCACUUAUAUGGGGCCCAAAGAAACCUGUGUACAGCAGGACUAAUGAUCCCAAAGGAUUUAUUAUGGCUCUUGCUUCCAAGAAUGGGCUGAGGACUCUACCUUUUUAAAACCUACAUUCUCAAGGCCCAGCUCCUCUACCUUCAAGCCUAGUUAAUGAGGGGCUUCCUCCAUUGCAUGUCUUCUACCUGUGACGUGUUUUCUUUUGUUUACACUGAGGAUUUGAAGGGCAGGCAAAGUCAAGGUAAUGACCUCUGUCUACCCUCUUUUGUUGAUUGCACUGGGCUUGAAUACAGUAGCAGUAUUGGUAGAACCAUUUCAUUCAAUAAAUGCUUAAACAGUG